CUUAAGAGGGUACAAAGGACCAAUGUGGUGCUAUCCAGUAAGGAUAAAAGACAUGGCGACAUAGUGUUAGAGAUAGUGGGCUAUUAUGCCACCAACCAUGUUGGUGCUAUCUGUGAUCACGUUGUAUUUAGUUGCAAUAGUAGUUUCAGAUCCAUUAGAUGAAUUUCGUCUCAUGCAUCAAGGUGAAAUCGCAUAUGAUGAAAAUAAAUUCUUAAUGCAAAUAGUUCCAUCGGGAUUUUCGCCCCAUGCCCACGAAUCAAAAAAAGUUGACGAAGUCCUGAAUACUAAUAAUACAUAUUAUAAAAACUUCUACAAAUAUGUAAAGAACGGGAUUACCGCGAAAGGUCGAACUUUUACUGUUUAUGACGAUGACAUGAGGAAAGCUGCCAUAGCAUUAUUCCGUCUUUUUCAACAAGUUGAACAAGACGACUAUGAAAAAAUUUACGACUGGUCAGUUUUAAACAUAAAUAACGAUAUACUGAGGUAUGCGGAAAAAUUGAACUAUUUAUACAGCUAUAAGUUGAACAGAAAUAAAAUAUCUCUAAAUCCAUGUUACAUUGAAAAACCUAAUUAUUUCAUUAAUUCGGAAACUAUUAUAAAAGCAAUGAAACUCCGAUUAGUCAUGAGCAAUCGCAACGUUCUGCCCCCUGAAGCUGCCGAGCAUCAGUAUUAUCAAGAUCAUGGUUUCAUAUCAAUUAAUACAAAUUAUUCUGGUUGGAAUCUGGUCUACAACGGAGAUGAUCAAGGAAUCAAUUAUUUUCGGGAGGACAUUUCACUUAAUUGUUAUUAUAUGGGCGUGCAUUUGCUACAUCCUUUUUGGAUGUCUAACGAUGAAUUGGAUCUGUUAAACCUAAGACAUGCGGAACAUUUCUUUAAUACACACCAACAGUUAGUGGCUCGUUAUAAUCUGGAAAAACAGCAUCUACUGCACAUGAAUCAUAGCUAUCCUAACGAAACUGAGUAUGACCCAUCUUUGAUAUACGACAAUGGAUUACGGUUUCCAAUUAGAUAUAUAAAUUAUGAACUGGAUUGGACAGACGAAAGAGCUGAAGCGGAGGGUGUGUGGAUAAACAUACGUAAGUGUAUUGAAAGAGGAUUUAUUGUUAUGGAUGGCAUCACAUUAAAUAUGAAUAAUGACGAUCACGUGAGCAUAAUGGCUAAAUUAAUCAAGUCAAACCUUGAUAAUGCAAGAAUGGCGAAAAUCUUAAGAGAAAUAUUUGGUAAUAUGCGCAACAGACAUCCUAUUGACGAAUACAACCCCGCACCUUCCGUAUUUUAUCACCCUGAAACAUCACUAAGAGACCCUACCUUUUGGAAGAUGAUAGAGUAUUAUUUGAACGUAAUGAAGUAUUUUCGACAUUUCAUGGAUCCGUUCUUAAUGGAAGAGUAUACAACAGAAGAUUUUAAUAUUACUGGUGCCAAUUUUACUAAAAUGGAAACUUUUUUUGAAUACUAUCGUAUACCGCUGAACAAAAUUUUGUCUGCUGAAACUGGUUACAUAUCAAGAAAAUGGCCGAUGUUCGCAAGACAAAGACGAAUAAAUCAUUCACCUUUAACAUUAAAUUUUACCGUUGACUCCAAAAUUGACAAAAAUGUCAUAGUACGACUCUUUUUGGGACCCAACUGUAGCUUCAACAACUGUUGGGAACGUUUUGAGGAGUUUUACGAAUUGGAUAUUUUUAACUUCACUCUACAUACAGGACUUAACGUAAUCAGUUGGAAUCCACAUAAAUCAAAAAAAUAUUCAUAUUUUAAAGACGAUAUUUCACAGCAUUACUUCCAUAACUACGACUAUAAAAAAUCUGCACGUAAAGGUACAAAAUUCAAUUUGUUUAAAUUUCCCGGCAACUUGGCAAUACCUCGAGGACUUGAAUCUGGUCUAAACUUUAAGUUGGCUAUUAUAAUUACCCCUUCAGAAAAUUCUUCAGUAAUGGAUCAUGCACCAGAAGUAAAUUAUUAUAAACAAGUCUCUUAUGAGUACGAUACAAAACCUUUAGGUUUUCCUUUUCAUAGAAAUUCGGGUUUUCAAAAUUCGUUGGCAUCUAACUAUAGGCUUUUUGAUAUCAAAAUUUACCACAGAAAGAGUGACGUUGAUGAAUCAGGCUAUUUUUCUUCAAAUCUGUAUUAAUAUUCUUUUGGUUUUUGAGUUUGUAGUUUUGUUAAAAAAAAAGUAUAUUUAUGUACUUUGAUAUCAACUAAGCGCUCAAGGAUUUUUGUAAUAUAAGUUAACAUAAAAAAUGAAUGAAAUAAAAAUACAUAAUUAUAA